AUGGAUGAGAAGCUGCAGGCGCAUCAGGUUGACAUCGACCCGGAUUUUGAACCUCAGAGUCGGCCUCGCUCUUGCACCUGGCCGCUGCCUCACCCCGACUUCCCGGGAGAAGAAGACGAUGGAACCGGCGGUGGGGGAGGCGGCGGCGGCGGCGGCGGCGGCGGCGGCUCCUCUAAGCAACCCUUGGCCGGCGGCACCGAAGGCGCCGAGAACGCCGGCGUGGCGACGGAGCGUGGCAAAGCGACCCCUGCGCUGCCUUCCCUGAGUGCGGACGUUGGACAGCUCCGCAAAGCGAAGACUUCGCGGCGGAACGCCUGGGGCAACCUGUCUUACGCGGAUCUCAUCACCAAGGCGAUCGAGAGUUCCCCGGAGAAACGGCUCACCCUCUCCCAGAUCUACGACUGGAUGGUCAGAUACGUGCCCUAUUUUAAGGAUAAAGGCGACAGCAACAGCUCGGCUGGCUGGAAGAAUUCAAUUCGGCACAACCUGUCCUUGCAUACCCGCUUCAUUCGUGUGCAAAAUGAAGGCACUGGCAAGAGCUCCUGGUGGAUGCUGAACCCCGAAGGUGGCAAAACUGGGAAGACACCCCGCCGGCGAGCCGUCUCCAUGGACAACAACAGCAAGUUCCUGCGGAUCAAGGGCAAAGCCAGUCGGAAGAAGCAGAUCCAGACUGCCCAGGAACGAGGGGAGGAAAGCCCAGCCAGCCAGCAGGCCAAAUGGUCAGAGAGCCCCACUUCCCACGCCAGCGAGGAAUAUGAUGCUUGGGCUGACUUCCGGACACGGGCCAACUCCUCGGCCAGCACCCUGAGUGGUCGCCUCUCCCCGAUCCUGGCCAACCAUGAGCCAGAUGAGCUGGAGGAGGAUGAUGGGACCCCAUCCUCCCCACUAAUGUACCCCAGCCCUUCCAGCACCCUGUCCCCCUCCCUGAAUGCCCGCUGUUCAGUGGAGAUGCCCAGGCUGACAGACCUCACCGGCACCAUCAACCUGAACGAGAGCCUGGGAGAGAGCCUGCUGGAUGACCUGCAGGACAGCUACAGCAUGAGUCCUGCCCAGCCACUUUCCGCGGGAGGACUCCGGCCCCGGACCUCCAGCUUUGGCUUUGGCUCCAAGUGCUCCUCCGUGGGGGCAGGAGGCGGGGGAGCGGGAGGGGGAGGCAAUACCUACUCUGGGACUAUUUACAGCCAGCCGGCCAUGAGCAUCAUGCGCCGUUUGCCCAUGCAGACGAUCCAAGAGAACAAGCAGGCCACCUUCGUUCCCAUGAAUUCCUACCGCAACGCCUCGUUGCAGGACCUGCUCUCCUCCAUCUCCUACGCGCACAAGGAGGGCGAGCCGCACCUGCCCCCGGCCAACAGCAUGGGCCUGCCCCGCAGCCACAGACAAAACGCCCUGGUGUGUAGCAGUGGGGGUGGAGGCGGAGAGAUAGGUUUGGUCCCCUACCCUCCCCACUCGUCCUCUCUCAUGAAGAGCAACACGUUGUAUCACCCAUCACCAGCUGGCCACCACCCUCCUCUUAACAACAGUGCCUUACCCGCUCCGAUCAGCCUUAUGAGUCUGCCCAGUGACGCUUGCAGCAUGGUGAACAUGCCCCACCACGGGCAUCUCCAUUCCUACAUCAACAACCAGGGGGCACACAUGAGCUUGCUAGAUUCCUUGCAGGGACCUUACCCAGAAGCCAUGCAUACCCCUGUUUUGAGUCAGGACAGAUUCCCGGCAGAUCUAGACUUGGACAUGUUCAAUGGGAGCUUGGAAUGUGAUGUGGAGUCCAUCAUCCUCAAUGACUUCAUGGACAGUGACGAGAUGGACUUCAACUUUGACUCGGCUCUUCCACCACAAAAUGGUCUCAACGUGGCCCCUUUGCCCAGUGCCCCACAGCCCACCAAUCAAAGCUGGGUACCUGGAUGAGGCCCAUUCAGGCUGCUUAAACCCAGCAGUCAGUAGGGUGAAAAGGGUAUUGGGGAAACAGAACUCUUUCCUCCACCAUUCAGCCCUGCUCUUCUUCUUUUCUUUGCCUUCAUUUCUUCAGCCAGGCUAGAGCCAUCAGUUGAAACUUGACAACAACACUACAUGCAUAAACACACACACACACACACGCACACACACACACACACACACACACAAUGUAGGGUAAAAUGUUUUGACAGGUACCGGCGGCUUCCCGCCUUGUGCCAGGUGUAUUGUGCAGUAAGUCGGAUCUGUCUUUGAUGUGUGCAAUAGGCACAAGUUAGCCAUGGCAUUGCAAAGUCGCCCCCCCCCCAUAUCCUCCCUCCCUCCCUGGGCAUUUGCACUAUUGCACAGAAAGAGGGAACAGAUGAUCUGUGACCUGAAGAACAGUCUAAUGCUAUUGCCAAGCAUCCACACUAACCUAGACGGCUCCCAUGAAAAGGUAGAACAAGUUUUUCACUGGCUGCUCUCCUAACUAUUCUCCCCAGAUCUAAACUCUAAUUUGAUUUCUUCCUCUCACCCAAUCUUUGCCCAUCUAUGCCCCCAUUUUAUGCAGCCGCCAAGAGCAACAGGGAAGAACUUCCCAAGUGAAACCUAGGUUUCUCAUGUGAUAGUUCCAUUAUAUCUCCAUCAUUUUAGCUGAAUCACUGAGGAUUUGCUCAGCAGGUAGGAAAAAUAGAUCUAAGGUAUUUGUGGCAUGGCUGAUGCAGAAAGAAAAAUAUGUGUUUGAUUGCUAUGAAUCUAGCCACUGACUCUGUGAACUCUGCAUUGCCCAGUAGGCAUGGGGUGUAACAGGAACUGAACUCAAUCUGAUCAAAGUCAGCUUUGCUCAUUUUUAUGUGCAUUUUCAUGCCAUCUGGGUUUGCAACAGCAACACAUAGUUCACAGUGUGAAAUGCGCAUGCCCAUGGCCACAAGUGGGGGAAUGUGCCCUGUUGCUGUCUGCUCCAGCACAUAAUCAUGUGCAUUUUGCACUUACAAAUGGCAUUCGGCAUUAUGGUAGAUAUGACUGCUAUUAAGAUGGGCAGGUUAAACAGGAAGCUGGAAUGGGAAGGGUUAGUGGCAACUUAUUUUCAGAGUUUGCACCUCCAGAAAUGAAAUUCAUAGGGCUGAACAUAACAGGUAGCCAAUAUAAGAACCCCAAAUUUUGGUUCUAGAAAUGGAUUAUUCCUGGCAAUCUGGAACAAGGAGGAAAUGGGCAACUUCCUUCUUUCCAUGCAAAGAAGUAUGAAGGCCUGCAGUUGAAUGGGCUGAAAGGGAAAAAAAAAAACUGAAAAGAAAGGAUUGGCCUUAUUAGAACAAGAGCACCAGUUUAGGAGAACCACAAGGUGAUGAGAGAAAACUAGAGUUCUACCCAGACAUGGAAUGACAGGUGAUGGAUAGAUGUCCGGGUCAAUGUAAGAAAAGGCUAAAUAUCCGGGACCUGUCUAAGGUCUCAUUCAUGUCAGCCUUCCCUCGGCUUCUGUCUGUCUCAUUCAUGAGUGUUCUUUGCUACGCUGAGACCAAACAUGGAUAUUUGGUUUCUUGAAGUGCUCACCUUGCAAUAAUAAGGAAAAGUUUUUUUUUUAAAUUUGAAGUGUAAAGUCUCUACUGGAAAGGUAGCAAGCUCCACAGAGUCUCUCAGCAGAACACCCAUUGUGUCCCUUUCUCAUGUACAUACAUGCCCUCAAGUGCACACAUACCAGACCUCUGAUUCUGAAAUGAGAACAAGGUUGGUUGGAAUUAGCAUAACUGCAGGCUCCCUAACCCAUUUUAAACCCCAGAUCCAGGCAAGUCUUCAAAACAACCCCAUAUACAGGCUUAUUUAAAAGACUUAGCACUGGAAGCAUUCGAAAGGAUCACUGGCAAUGCUUCUAAAUCAGAAGGACCAGUCACCCCUGUUUUCAUGAAGGAAAACUCA